CAACACUUCGAAGACAGCGAGCUCGUCGUAAAGCCAUCUCGCCUACCAUCAACUUACCUUCUUCUUACGUUCAACCUCUUUUUUUACGAAUAAUCAACCAUGGAGGAUGAAGUAGCAGCGCUCGUCAUUGAUAACGGUUCCGGCAUGUGCAAGGCUGGCUUUGCAGGUGAUGAUGCCCCCCGUGCCGUUUUCCCCUCUAUUGUCGGUCGUCCCCGUCACCAGGGUGUGAUGGUUGGCAUGGGUCAGAAGGACUCCUACGUUGGUGAUGAAGCCCAAUCGAAGCGUGGUAUCCUCACUUUGAAGUACCCCAUCGAGCACGGUAUCGUCACCAACUGGGAUGACAUGGAGAAGAUCUGGCAUCACACUUUCUACAACGAAUUGCGUGUUGCGCCAGAGGAGCACCCCGUCCUCUUGACUGAGGCCCCGCUUAACCCCAAGGCUAACCGUGAAAAGAUGACCCAGAUCAUGUUCGAGACUUUCAAUGCCCCCGCUUUCUACGUUGCCAUCCAGGCCGUGCUCUCCCUCUACGCUUCUGGUCGUACAACGGGUAUCGUGCUGGACUCUGGUGAUGGUGUCACCCACACCGUGCCCAUCUACGAAGGUUUCGCUCUCCCCCACGCCAUCCUCCGUCUUGACCUCGCUGGUCGUGAUUUGACCGAUUUCCUGAUCAAGAACUUGAUGGAGCGCGGCUACCCCUUCACCACCACUGCCGAGCGUGAAAUUGUUAGGGACAUCAAGGAGAAGCUUUGCUACGUUGCCCUUGACUUUGAGCAGGAGCUCCAGACCGCCGCUCAAUCCUCGUCGCUCGAGAAGAACUACGAGUUGCCCGAUGGUCAGGUCAUCACCAUCGGAAACGAACGGUUCCGUGCUCCCGAAGCCCUCUUCCAGCCCGCCUUCCUCGGACUCGAAGCCGCUGGUAUCCACGAGACAACCUACAACUCCAUCUUCAAGUGCGAUCUCGAUAUCCGUCGUGAUCUGUAUGGUAAUGUCGUGCUCUCUGGUGGAACCACCAUGUUCCCUGGUAUCUCCGACCGUAUGCAGAAGGAGCUCUUGGCGCUGUCGCCGUCCAGCAUGAAGGUGAAGAUCGUCGCUCCCCCUGAGAGGAAAUACUCUGUGUGGAUCGGUGGUUCUAUCCUCGCCUCCCUGAGCACCUUCCAAAACUUGUGGUGUUCCAAGCAGGAGUAUGACGAGUCUGGUCCUGGUAUCGUUCAUCGCAAAUGCUUCUAAAUGUUUUAUAAUGAAAAGGGAGUAAUAAUCGCAUAGAGGCAUGGGGCGGAGGAGAGAUGGGACUUUUUGUCCUCUUGUUUUAAUCCAUCCUUUCUUUUCCACCUUGUCUUUUUUUCGAGAUACAUGAAUUUUCAGCUUGACGAUG